AUGACGAUUUCUGAAGCUGAAAACACCGUCCCCGAAGACCCAACUGUCGUGGACGGAAACGAUUCUGAUGACGAGCUUUCUGCAAUGGUCGAUUUCCUUGGCUUGCAACUGAAUGAAACCACCACAAGUGCCACCUUUGGGGGACAAACUGUGCCAACAAAAGCGGAUACAAAUGUCGACACCACAUUGAACGUCGAGGACGUGAUUAACCUACUGAAGAUGGAUGAAGAAGCUCUGGAAGCCGGACGACGAGCUUGCUUGGCUAAACAUAAUGGAAAACGUCGCCAACACAGAUUCACCAAAGAUUUAUAUCUUGGCCCCGAGUCCUCAAAACUGGCACAAGCAUGGGCCGAACAGCUCGCAGCAAAUCCUGAUACACCUUGGACUUAUCAGCCGAAUCAAGCUUGUGGGCAAAACAUCUCCAAAAUCAUUAUAUCGGGUGAGGUCUCCGCUACGAACAAAGAAGAUUUCGAGGAAUUCGGAAGAUAUGCCGUCGAGAAGUGGUACAAGGGCGAACAAAACUACAACUACGUUACGGAAUUCAAGCGAAAUAAAAAUGGAUUGGACGUCAGGCCUUUUAUCCAGGUGGUUUGGCAAGCCGCGAAGUGCCUUGGUGUAGGGAUUGCUCUCACGGCUGAUAAGAAAGCAGUCUACGUUGUUUGCCGAUACUCUGCCAGCAGAAGCAAUAAAUAUCUCAAGCGAAAGAACAACGUUCAUCGACUUAAACACGCACUAGUUAAAGAUCAGCUUUACUUAUUUGGUGGACGUAAUAGUAUAACAAGAAUAUCCCGAUUAGAUGGAUGCUAUUUCUCCGAGUUAAAUGUCCAACUCAUUUCCGAGUAUAAAAGUGGUCACGGAGUUAUAACUCUGGACGGAGGAAAUAAAGCAAUGAUCUACGUAAUGCCCAUUAGCUCCAAGCAGACAGAAGUCCAUCUGAUCCUGUCAGAAAGUGGCCGUCUUCUUGCCAGUGACGACAAAGUGAAGAAAGGAAGCGUCAUUUGCGUCACUUAUGGAGGCGAUCUGGAAAAUGCCUGGAGCAACAACGACGACAACAAGGCCUGGAUUUCCAGCGCUGUCGUCUGGGGUCCACAGGUUUGA